UGUAGAUGAUAUGCCAUUUAAAAAAAUCUUGUAAUUUUUUUUAAAAACUGAAUGUUUUUUAAUUGAUUCGCUGCUGGGGAAAAACAAUGGAAACAAAGGAUAAGGCGUACAAGGCAAAUGUUUGACAGUUAAAGUGUUUUUUUUAAUACAAUCAAAAACUUAUUCUAUAAUAAUAAAAUCAAAGUGAUCAUUUUCGAUAUUAGAUAUCCACUUGUGGUUGAAUUUCAGUCAAAAUAACAUACGGAAUUUGUCAAGUAUUUUAAUCCUGGUGAUUCAACGGAUCGUGUAGCGGCUUAACAUCAUCUCUAUUUCUUGCCAGAAUUUUUUUUUAAAAAAGAUUUUUUUAUUUGUUACUCUUUUAACCUAUUUGAAUUAUUUCAUUCGACGACAAAAUGUACAUUAAAUUGCCGUGGCACUAUCUUUCUGAGCAUGACUUGAAAAAAAUUAAAUUUUACAAAUUCAAGGCUGGGCAAACGACGACUUUAGAUAGUCUUAUGAAUCAUUUUUGGACAAGAUUAGUACUUUAUCUUCCAAUGACUUUGUCACCGAAUCUGAUAACUAUGCUGGGUUUUCUUGCUUCAACAAGUGCCUUUAUUUCAAUGAUGUAUGCGACGCAAGAUUUAGUAACAGCUGCACCUCAAAUUAGUUGCCUUGUAAUGGCUUUAGGUGUUUUUUUGCAUCAAACAUUGGAUGCGUUAGAUGGAAAACAAGCACGACGAACAAAUACUAGCUCUCCACUUGGUGCAUUAUUUGAUCAUGGCUGCGAUAUUGUGACCUUGACUUUUUUUAGUAUUUCUUCAGUGGCUUUAUUACGCUUAGGUUUAUCCUUUCAUAGUAUUAUUGCCAUAGCAAUUUCAGGACACUUAUCCCAAUUUUUAUAUUUAUGGUGGGAGUAUCAUUUUGAUAUAUUUUAUUCGAAUCCGGGAUUUGGUGCUGGAGUCACAGAAGCUCAAUGUUCUCUUAUUAUUUUAGCUUUAAUAACAAGUUAUUUGGGAGCCGAUAUUUGGCUGGUUAACUGUCUCGAAUUGUUACCAUCUUUUGUUUUGAAGCUGUCGAUUUUCGAUUAUAUUCCCACUUAUAUACCUUUAAAUCAAGUUAUUUGUUCCGCAACUUUGUUUAGUAAUCUUCUGGCGUAUUUUCGUUUAUUGUAUAUUGCAAAUAAGACAUUAAAACAACAGAAAAAGUGUAUCGCGUUUCUUCAAUUAUUAAAUUUUUUUACUUUCACACUUUUUGAAAUCAUGUUUUUUUAUUGUGUAACAAAAAGAUUGGGAACAUUUCCAUUGCCUGGAUUUUUCUUAACUAUUUUUGUGUAUGGUAUUUUAGCCGUUCGUUUAUUAUUAUCAGCUACAUCUAAAAAGUCGUACUCCUUAAUACAAACACCUUCGUUACCCUUUGUCAUUUUAACAUUAUUAUUAAUUUGCGAUUACUACUACGAAACUUGGUUUAGCCUUGUUCUACCAAUUCAAAUAUUUUUAAGGAAGCAUUUAUAUGUUAUAUUAUGGAUACACGCUGCUGCAUAUAUAGCAUACUUUAUCAUGUUUUCCUUUGUUGUCAUUCAUCAAAUAAAAACCUACUUGUCGAUUGAUUGUUUUUCAAUAAAACGUUCGAACAAAUUAAAACAUGUUGAACUAAAAAAUCAUGAUUGAAAUGAUGCA